AUGGCGGGGUUGGUCAUCACGAAUCUCGAGCCCAUCAUCGUCUUGCUCGCGGAAUGCUCGCCCAUCAAGACGUACUGGGAGCCGGAGGCUGGCACCUGCUGGAGCCCUCAGAUCAGGAUUUACUCCAUCUAUGUCCAAGUUGGCUAUUCCAUCCUCACCGAUUUGAUCUGCUCAUUGCUGCCGGUCCUGGUGUUGAUUAAUCUUAAGAUCGCUCUUCCGGUCAAGGUAUUGUUGUGUGGCCUGAUGAGUUUGGGCUUGGUAGCGACCGGGUGCGCGAUUGCUAGAGUUUCGUCAUUGGGGCCAAGUAGAACUGACCUGUCCUAUAGAUACGCAAUCACCGCUAUAUGGUCGAAUGCGGAGCUCGAUAUUGGAAUUAUUGCGGCAAAUGCAGCGUGCGGUCGAUCCGUCUACAGAUAUUUGCGUAGCGGCUGUGCGUCGGAAUGGGACUCGAAAGGCGAACGCCAGACCCCUUCUGGAUCCGGAAAUCUGUCGUCACAACUGUCACUGACACUCACUAACAACACCCUAUCGACAGCGAACCGAGCAAACAAUGACAUCGAGAUUGCCUCUCCAAAUAUCCCAAAAACGUCGGAUGGUGUGGCCUGCAAUGAUGAAGACAAAGCGGAGUCCAGAAAAUACGAGGAUGGACGGAUCGCCAACGGCAUGUCGAACUUGCAGUUCAUCUCAAGGAUCCAACCUGUCUGGUGA